AUGGGAAAAAAUGGCGCAUGGCUGGCUGGCCUAUCCGGCUUGUACCACGUUUCUGUACUAGGAAACAAUCUGCUCCCCCUCGAGGGCAUUGCAUUGGCCCGGGGCUGGUGGUGCAUGCAUCGGUGCAUCUCAUUGUGCCCGAUCGUGAUGGGCCCCCAAGGUCAUUCGAUCCCUCUCCCUCGGGCAAAGCUGACGUGCGCAGCGUAUAAAGUCCCCAUGUGCUGCCCUCGCUCUCUCAAAGCAGCAAAACAUCAGCAAGCCUAG